AUGGAGCUGCUGUGCGUGGAAUCCGCGGCCCGCGCCCCCCGCGCCGGCUGGGACCCGCAUCUGCUGGGGGACCGGCGGGUGCUGCAGAACCUGCUGAGCACGGAGGAGCGCUACAGCCCCCGCGUGUCCUACUUCCAGUGCGUGCAGAGGGACAUCCAGCCCUACAUGCGGAAGAUGUUGGCCUUCUGGAUGCUGGAGGUGUGUGAGGAGCAGAAGUGUGAGGAGGAGGUGUUCCCUCUGGCCAUGAACUACGUGGAUCGCUUCCUGGCCUCGGUGGCCGUGCAGAAGAACCACCUGCAGCUGCUGGGGGCUGUGUGCAUGCUGCUGGCCUCCAAGCUCAGGGAAACCAUGCCCCUGACCGUGGAGAAGCUCUGCAUCUACACCGACAACUCCAUCACCCCCGAGGAGCUGCUGCGCUGGGAGCUGCUGGUGCUGGAGAAGCUCAAGUGGGACCUGGUGUCGGUGAUUGCCAACGAUUUCCUGCCCCACAUCCUGCACCGGCUGCCGCUGCCCGCCGACAAGGUGGAGCUGGUGAAGAAGCACGCGCAGACCUUCAUCGCCCUCUGUGCCACAGACUGCACCUUUGUGAUGUACCCGCCGUCCAUGAUCGCCACGGGCAGCAUCGGCGCCGCCGCGCACGGCCUGGGGCUGCCCGGCAGCGGAGAGGCUCUCACCGAGCUGCUGGCCAGGACCACGGGCACCGAGCUGGACUGCCUGAAGGCCUGUCAGGAGCAGAUCGAGGCUGCCUUAGCCGAGAGCCUGAAGCAGGCAUCCCAAUCCCAGCCGGAAUUCAGCUCCAAGGCGGUGCCCUACGCGGGCAGCCAGCCCACCAGCACCCCCACGGACGUCACCGACGUCAACCUGUGACCAAGCGCCCUUGGCCAGAGCUCCAGCCCCAACCUGGACACCCCCAGCUCGCUGCACCCCCCCUGCCCACCCAGCUCUCCUCCCAGGCUGGGCACCUGGAGCUGCUGCAGGUGGUGCCAGGGCACGGGGGGCAGGAGCCCGGAUGAAGUUGGAAUUGUUUCUGUGUUGGUGUUCCCUGGCUCUCCGGGCUGCUCACGGCCACUUCCAGCCCCGUGAGGGACAAAAAUCACAGAGCCAGCCCCGCCAGGAGCCGAACCCUCGUCACCCCCAGCUCCUGUGGGGCUCGGGGAGCAGCUGCUUGGUGGCCCCUCGGUCCCGAUUGCUUCGUGCCACAUUCCCACAGCUCCAGGGGAAGUCGUGCAGCUGCUUCUGCUUGGAGAGGAGCCCUGGGGCUUGUUUGGUUUUGCUGUUGGAUGUGGGAAUUUUGGGGACGCGCUCCCCGUCCGUGCCUUGGGAGGAGUUCAGGGUCCCCCUCGGCUGCUUAAUUUAUUGUUCACUGCUGGGAAAGGGGAGGGAGGAGAGCUGGAAUUCCUCAGGGUGGGGCCUGGGUGCUGCUCUCCUCUCCUUCCCAAACAAGUGCCUUCCCCCUUUGCCCCUUCCCUGGCUCCCUGGGCAGUGGCAGACUCUCCUCAGAGCCCUUUGGUAGCUUAGGCAUCAGACUAGGAUUUAAGGAAAACCUUUGAAUGUGCUGCUAUAGUCUGGGAUGCAUCUCCACUCUUCAAGGCAGGGAUUUCAGAUCGUGCUCAGGAGGGAGCUGUGUUCAAUCCACGUGGAUCCGAGCUGCCUCCUGAGAGGGUGGAAAACUUUGCUGCGCACAUGAGUUGGAAAAGCAAUUACUGCGUUUUUGUAUUGUUGUUGUUUAUCCUUGUUAGUUUUUAAAAAAAAUUUUUUGUAAAACAGAAAGAAAAAAAAAAGGAAAAAAAAAAUUAAUGCUGCUUUUCUAUAAGAAAUCCAGAGUGGAAUUAACCAGGAGAAGCCAGAGACUCCACAGGGAUGGGAGGCAGAAUCUGCUGCUGCUCCCUGGGGACCUCUGGACAUGUGGCUGUUGUCCUCCCGUGGGGGAUGUGGAAAAGGAGGUCGAAAUCUUCCUUUUGGAUGGCACCAGCCCCACCAAAAUCCGGCGGAAAAAGGUGGGGCUGCUGCUCCUCCCCGAGCCUGCCUGGUCCGGAAAGCCACGGAGCCGCUGCCUCCUGCGAGCAGGAGGGCUGGGACAGAGCCUGC